AUGGACCGCCAGAAGGAGGAGCGCGAGCGCGGCGUGACCAUCGCUUGCACCACCAAGGAGUUCUACACCGAGAAGUGGCACUACACCGUCAUCGAUGCCCCAGGCCAUCGCGAUUUCAUCAAGAACAUGAUCACAGGCGCUUCCCAGGCGGACGUUGCGCUUAUCAUGGUCCCGGCCGACGGUAACUUCACGACCGCCAUUGCCAAGGGCAACCACAAGGCUGGCGAGAUCCAGGGGCAGACUCGACAGCACUCCCGCUUGAUCAACUUGCUGGGCGUGAAGCAGAUCUGUAUUGGCGUCAACAAGAUGGACUGUGACACCGCUGGAUACAAGCAGUCCCGCUAUGACGAGAUCGCAAACGAGAUGAAGAGCAUGCUGGUCAAGGUUGGGUGGAAGAAGGACUUCGUCGAGAAGGGGACGCCGGUGAUGCCCAUCUCUGGCUGGAUGGGUGACAACCUGCUGAAAAAGUCCGACAACAUGGGCUGGUGGAAGGGCUGCGAUGUCGAGUACGGCAAGGAGACCAUCCACGUGGACACCGUCUACGAUGUGCUUGACGUGAUGUGCCGCGUGCCAGAGAGACCCACCAGCGCGCCAAUGCGCAUGCCAAUCUCAGGCAUCUACAAAAUCAAGGGCGUCGGCGAUGUGCUCGCUGGGCGCGUUGAGCAGGGCGUGGUGAAGCCGGGCGAGGAAGUCGUGUUCUUGCCCACGCACACCGCUUCGAACCCGUGCACGGGCAAGGUGUUCACCGUGGAGAUGCACCACCAGCGCGUCGACUUCGCCAACCCUGGAGACAAUGUUGGUCUCAACAUCAAGGGCCUCGACAAGAACAACAUGCCCCGCUCGGGAGACGUGAUGGUCUACAAGAAGGAUACCACUCUGGGUCAGACGAAAGAGUUCGACGCGCAGAUCCAGGUGCUCGAUAUCCCCAACGAGAUCAAGGUCGGCUACUCCCCGAUCGGCUUCGUGCGAUGCGGACGCGCGGCGUGCCGCAUCAGCAAGCUGAAGUGGAAGAUGGGCAAGGAGACGGGCGGCAAGAAGAUGGAGGACCCCCACUCCCUCAAGUCCAAUGAGAUGGCGCAGUGCAGCUUCCAGCCGCAGCAGCCGCUGGUGUGCGACACCUUCAAGAACUGCGAGGGCCUGUCGCGCGUUGCAUUCAUGGACGGCAACGGCGUUGUGAUGCUUGGCAAGGUCAUCUCUUGCGAGCGCAAGGAGGAGGGUGGCGCUGGUGGCAAGAAAAAGUAG